CCCUCCCUAUUAUCCUAUGCUAAAACUCAAACCAAGCAAUUUUUGAUCGCUGGUAGUACCAUCAGCUUUCCCAUUUGUACAUCUGAAGCUCUGUGCCUUCAAUUCCCUCCAAUGGCUUUGUCCAGUCCACAGCUUCAAAAAUUUCUAUUGAGCAAGAUUCACUGCAACUAUGGCUAUAACAAGAACGCGAGAAAGGAGGUCGUAGUUAAAGGUGGAAAGGGAAGAUGUUGCUCCGCGAUUGCAAUAGACGUGCCGUCUUCAUUGACGAGUGCAUCGGGAAUUAGAUGGGGUUCGAUUAAGUUACAAGGAGCUCGCGAAGAAAUGGAAGACGAUGUUGUUAUUGUUCAAUCUGAUGAUCUUAAUGGGUUUUCUUUUGCCGCGGUUUUUGAUGGGCAUGCCGGAUUCUCCUCUGUUAAAUUCCUCAGGGAAGAACUAUAUAAAGAAUGUGUCGCAGCAUUACAAGGUCCACUGUUAAAUGGAAAGGACUUCAAAGCAAUUAAGAAUGCACUACUAGAAGCCUUUGAAAGCUCUGAUGCAAAACUCUUAAAAUGGUUGGAGACUAGCGAGGAAGGUACUGAAUCUGGAUCAACAGCUACAGCUAUUUUUCUUCGGAAUGAUGUGCUAUUCAUUUCACAUGUUGGUGAUUCGUGCGUGUCUCUCUCUCGAUCUGGUAAAGCAGAAGUUUUGACGAAUUCACACCGACCCUAUGGAAAUAACAAAGUUUCUCUUCAAGAAAUCAGAAGAAUCAGAGAAGCUGGUGGAUGGAUUAAUAAUGGAAGAAUUUGCGGAGACAUCUCAGUAUCCCGUGCUUUUGGGGAUGCUCGUUUUAAGACCAAAAAGAUUGAGAUGCUGGAGAAGGGAGUCGAGGAAGGCCGAUGGUCUGAAAAAUUUGCUUCUCGGGUACAAUUUAACGGAGACUUGGUUAUUGCGUCUCCUGAUGUUUCUCAAGUAGCUUUAGGAUCAGAUGCUGAGUUCAUAAUUUUAGCAUCAGAUGGCUUGUGGGAUUACAUGAACAGCUCCGAUGCUGUUAAUCUUGUAAGAAGUCAACUUAGACAACAUGGAGAUGUUCAGAUGGCUUCUGAAGCCCUUGCCCAGAUGGCUCUGAACCAACACUCGCAAGAUAACAUCAGCAUUGUCAUUGCUGAUUUGGGGCAAACAGAUUGGCAAAAUUUACCUCUGGAGCAACAAAAUUUUGUGUAUGAAUUAGGCCAAGCUUUAGCUACAGUCAGUAUACUGUCACUUGGAAUAUGGAUGUCAACUCUGCUAUCAUCAUGAACUUGAAGUUUGACUAGUUAUAUGUACAUACAAUAAGAAGUAAUUAAAAAAAAUGUAUUACCUAUGCUUUGUACUUUCAAGCAUACAUCUUCAAGUAUAUAUAACGUCUUGGAAAAGAGCAGAAAAUAGUGCUUAUAAUGAUUUUUGCACGAAAACUAUUGACCAAUUUUAGCUGCAAAAGAUCUGUUCAUUUUUUGCUGUAUUCUCGACAUCCAUAAAUAUAUAAUUAUGGCUUUGUAGUUUCAUCUAUAUGAAUGACUAUUAUCUGUUACUGCAA